AAAAAGAGCCAAAGAAAGACGUUCGUACCUUAACUCUCUUUCUCUCUCUCUUUUCAAUCAAUUAUUCUCUGUUCAAACCUUUACUGAGAUUCAAUCAACAGAAGAAAUACGGAUUGAUCUGUGGAUCAUCUAAAUCUCUGUUUUAGCUCCAAUUCUGAUCUGGGUUUGGAAAAUUUUAGUAAGAGUCUUUGAGUUUUUGAACUAGAAGCAGCUGAAAUUUGUGAUCUGGGUUUUGAGUAUGGGUCAUUGUUUCAGCAAAAAGGAGUAUAAUGGACCAGGUGAUGGUAAAGGAGGAGGAGGGUACAGACCAGGAGCUGGAAUUGCUGCAGGAGGACAGAAUGAAAGACCUAAUCAUGAACAUGUGGUUCAUCAAGCCAGACCUGCCCAGCAACCAAGACAACAGAAUCCAGUACCAGCAAAGCCAUCUACAUUGAAUUCUAAUCAUAACAGGCCUCUUCAAACGCCUGAUACUAUACUUGGUAAGCCAUUUGAAGAUGUUAAGAACCAUUAUAGUCUUGGUAAAGAAUUGGGUAGAGGUCAAUUUGGGGUUACGUAUUUAUGUACUGAGCAUUCAACUGGUCAUACUUACGCUUGCAAAUCAAUUUCCAAAAGAAAACUUGUUAGUAAAAGUGAUAAAGAUGAUGUUAAAAGAGAGAUUCAGCUGAUGCAACAUCUUAGUGGACAACCUAAUAUUGUUGAGUUUAAAGGGGCUUAUGAGGAUAAAUACUCUGUUCAUUUGGUAAUGGAGCUUUGUGCUGGUGGUGAACUGUUUGAUAGAAUCAUUGCGAAAGGUCAUUACUCAGAAAGGGCAGCUGCAACUAUCUGUAGGUCUAUUGUGAAUGUUGUGCAUAUCUGUCAUUUCAUGGGUGUGAUGCAUAGAGAUCUCAAACCUGAGAAUUUCUUGCUGGCAAGUAAGGAUGAGAAUGCCAUGUUAAAAGCUACUGACUUUGGGCUUUCGGUAUUCAUUGAGGAAGGCAAAGUGUAUCGGGAUAUCGUAGGGAGUGCGUAUUACGUUGCUCCUGAAGUACUACGCCGUAGCUAUGGGAAAGAGAUAGAUGUUUGGAGUGCAGGAGUUAUCUUGUAUAUUCUUCUCAGUGGAGUACCUCCUUUUUGGGCUGAGAAUGAGAAGGGAAUAUUUGAGGCUGUACUACAGGGAGAUAUUGAUUUUGAAAGUGCGCCCUGGCCUAGCAUAUCAUACAGUGCCAAAGAUCUUGUCAAAAAGAUGCUAACUCAGGACCCAAGAAAACGAAUUACUUCUGCACAGGUUCUUGAGCAUCCAUGGCUCAAAGAAGGUGGGGAAGCAUCAGACAAGCCAAUUGACAGCGCAGUGCUUUCCAGAAUGAAGCAAUUUAGGGCAAUGAAUAAGCUCAAGCAGCUUGCACUAAAGGUAAUUGCUGAAAAUCUCUCCGAAGAAGAAAUUAAAGGUCUCAAAUCAAUGUUCACGAACAUGGACACUGACAAAAGUGGGACAAUAACGUACGAAGAGCUGAAGUUGGGAUUGGCGCGACUUGGGUCAAAGCUCACAGAAACUGAGGUCAAGCAGCUGAUGGAUGCUGCUGAUGUGGAUGGAAAUGGGACAAUUGAUUAUAUCGAGUUUAUUACUGCUACAAUGCAUAGACACAAGAUAGAAAGAGAUGACCAUCUUUACAAAGCCUUCCAGCAUUUUGAUGCAGAUAAUAGUGGGUUUAUCACAAGAGAUGAGUUGGAAAAGGCCAUGAAGGAGUAUGGAAUGGGUGAUGAAGAGAGUAUUAGGGAAAUAAUAUCAGAAGUCGAUGCAGAUAAUGAUGGGAGGAUUAAUUAUGAGGAGUUCUGUGCUAUGAUGAGAGGUGGCUCACAACAACCUGCCGUAAAACUUAUUUAGUUUGAAAUCGUUGAUGGUAUACCUGUUUGUUUUGCCUAUGGAAAGUUUGCCAUCGAGAACUGAUUGUUUGAAAAAAGAUCUAAGCAAAAGGUGAACUACAGGUUCAAGUGACCGAGUUUGGAGUAACAUGAUGAGUUCUUGAUACAUCUUGAGUUGUUGUUUUGUUUAAGUCUUUCAUUCGGGAUUUCCCUCACGUCUUCAUAUACAAAUUCGAAGGGUAGUGAUCGAUUCCAGCAUUCUGUUACUCUGGGGGUUAUUUUAAUUUUUUGUUGUGAAAUUGUAGUUUUUGUGCAUAUUGAAAUUUCUAGCUUGGUCUUCUGCCCUGGAAUUUCUGGCAAGGUAUGUCUAUUUAUAUGUUUUAAUGGCUCGUACGAAGGUAUUUCUAUUGAGAAAGAUUCCUUAUAUUUUUUUUGUACUUAUCACCAAUUGAUCUUGUGCAUAUGGUGCUUUAUUUUGUUUUCUUU